AUGAUUGCAUACGCCCUACAUGAGAAUCCCCCUGCCGCAAAGCCUUAUCCUGCCCUGGAUGAGGCCGUGGUCCAUUUGCUGAUUACAGGCAAGUUUUCUGAGGAGCUCUCACGACAAGACGUCCAAAUGCAGAGGAAGGAUCCCGCCACAGAAGCUUCUACGCGUGAGGCGUGGCGACCUUUCAGUACUGAAGUGGCCACUGAGGAGGCUCUUGCGAACCUAAGGGAAUAG